AUGGCAAAAACACUUACUCUGAUCACGACUAACCUUGUGGGCUCACCUAAACAGUUCCCUGAGUACUUCGAACCCUUUCCUGUCUUCGAUUUAGAAGCAGACAUCGACAUCAUGGCGAGCUUCGACUCCUCCCCUCCUUCCUCUGCGUCCCCAAUCAACAAGACACUUGAGCACGUUGUCAGAACUCCCAACAGAUAUCCUUCGCCUCAACCUGCACAUUUCAGCGUGCCUCUCACAAAUGGCAAAGCCACAAACGGCAAUGGCGGCAAUGGACAUCGAAUUUUGCGGUCUGCCACUGUCGGAUAUAUUGCUCCAGAAUUCAAGGGCAAGCAGGAACAAAUGAGCCAAGUAAAACAAACGAUUCUAGAAAAGAAUUGGAUUCCAGAGACCUUGGUUGAUGAGCAAAUCGCUUGGUUCUACAAUGAACUCGGUAUUGACGAUGUCUACUUUCAAUUGGAGACAGUCGAUGCCAUCGUCAGUCACAUUACUUCGCUCUAUGCAGCAAAGAUUGCGGCUUUUGCACGUGCAGACAAGACACAAGAGAUCCGACUGGACAUGGAAGCUGCAGACCAUGCUAUCUACAUCGACACCAGUGAGCCUGGCCUUACUAACAUGGGAGGACCUCAAUAUGAGCGCCGUCUGGAGAGCAAGUACCUAGAUGCCUCGACCAACAAGAUUUUCCGUGUGGAAACUUUUCGCUCACCAGGAAAUUUAGCUGGUACUGGACCAUCAAAGACCACCAUGCGAUGUUAUUUCGUCUACCAAUGUCAAUUUGUGGACCCAAACCCAUCACCUAAUGAGACUCGGUUAGAGAUUAUUUCUGAUCAACUGUUCCUUGCCAAGGCUACAAGGAACACGAAGCAAAUCUACCGAGAUAUCAUUGAGCUUGCAGUAUCCAGAACCGGACCUGUUAUCGAAGUCUUCGAUAUCGAGGACUCGAAGGAGGUCAGACUCGUUGUUGCUUUUCGCCGUCGAACUGCAGCUGGCAUGUUCAGCGCUCUUUCAGAUCUGUACCACUACUAUGGUGUUACUAGCUCUAGAAAGUAUGUUGAACAAUUCAGCAAUGGUAUCACAGUCAUCUGUCUCUACCUCAAGCCUGCGACAAAUCUCGAUGCCAAGAAAUUUCCCCCUCUCAGCGCGUCGAUCAAUCAGAUCACUAAGGAAAUCUCUUUACUCUACUGCAUUCCCCAAAACAAGUUUCAAUCCUUGUUUGCGAGCGGUAGAUUGAGCCUGCAAGAGACUGUCUACGGUCACUGUCUAUGUGUAUUCGUUCAACAUUUCCUCAAUCGUCUUGGUUCUGACUACGCUUCAUUGGUUUCUGCAUUGGAUCCCAACAAUAGCGCUCAUGCCGAAGUUCUCUCAAAGAUCAAGAGACGACUGAGAACUGAGACGUUCACCGCUGAUUACAUUUUUGAGAUCAUUGCAACCUAUCCCGAGCUCAUUCGAUCACUGUACUCGUCCUUCGCCAGCGUCCACCUUACAGUUGCCCCUGGCUUCCACGAGGAGUUCAUCCCACCCACACCGUCCGCUGAGGUCUUAUCUGAUGCCAAGUUAAAGGAGCUGAUCUCCAAGACUGUCAACAAUGAGCAUGAAGAGAUGGUCAUGACUGCAUUCCGAGUCUUCAACAACUCGCUAUUGAAGACAAAUUUCUAUACACCUACAAAGGUCGCCUUGAGUUUCCGCCUUAACCCUUCUUUCCUACCCGAAAUUGAAUACCCUCAACCUCUUUACGGAAUGUUCUUGGUCAUCACUUCCGAGAGUAGAGGUUUCCAUCUCCGUUUCCGAGACAUCGCCCGAGGAGGUAUCCGUAUCGUCAAAUCUCGCAACCGUGAGGCCUACUCGAUCAAUGCUCGAUCAAUGUUUGACGAGAACUAUGGAUUGGCAAACACUCAGCAACGCAAGAACAAGGAUAUCCCUGAAGGUGGAUCUAAGGGUGUCGUUCUUUUGGACGCAGCACACCAAGACAAGGGAGCUGUCGCUUUCGAGAAGUACAUUGACAGCAUCAUGGAUCUUCUACUUCCAGCCGAAACUCCUGGAAUCAAGAACCCUAUCGUUGAUCUGUACGGCAAGGAGGAGAUUCUAUUCAUGGGUCCUGAUGAGAAUACUGCAGAUCUCGUUGAUUGGGCUACUGAGCACGCUCGUAAGCGAGGUGCACCAUGGUGGAAAUCAUUCUUCACCGGCAAAUCUCCAAAAUUGGGAGGUAUCCCUCAUGAUGCCUACGGUAUGACCACUCUAUCCGUUCGGGAAUUCGUCAAGGGCAUCUACCGAAAGAAGGAGCUCGACCCCAGCAAGGUCCGAAAGAUGCAGACUGGAGGACCUGAUGGCGAUUUGGGCAGCAACGAGAUCCUACUCAGCAAUGAGAAAUAUACCUCAAUCGUGGAUGGAAGCGGUGUGCUUGUGGAUCCUAGCGGAAUCGAUCAUGAGGAGCUGAUCCGACUGGCCAAGAAGCGAGUCAUGAUCUCUCAAUUCGACACAUCAAAGCUUUCCAAGGCUGGCUUCCGUGUCCUUGUCGAUGAUAACAACGUCACCCUUCCAAGCGGUGAAGUUGUUGCCAACGGUACCUUGUUCCGAAACACAUACCAUCUCCGUGAGACUGGCUUGACAGACGUCUUUGUUCCUUGUGGCGGCCGCCCUGAAUCAAUUGACCUCUCAAGUGUCAGCAAGCUCAUCAAGAAGGGCAAGUCCACAAUUCCUUACAUCGUUGAGGGCGCCAAUCUAUUCAUCACUCAGGACGCCAAGCUUCGUCUUGAGGAGGCUGGUUGUAUCCUGUUCAAGGAUGCUAGUGCAAAUAAGGGUGGUGUCACUUCAUCUUCAUUGGAGGUUCUUGCCAGUUUAAGCUUUGACGACCAAGGCUUCAUUGAGAACAUGUGUGUUGGUAGCGAUGGUGUUACACCUGAAUUUUACCAAGCAUAUGUCAAGGAGGUCCAAAACACUAUCAAGGAGAAUGCUCGACUUGAAUUCGAAGCUAUCUGGCGCGAACACAAGCGCACCAAGAUUGCGCGAAGCACUCUGAGUGAUACUCUUAGCGUCGCUAUUACCAAAUUGGAUGAGGAGCUGCAAAAGACCGAAUUGUGGAAGGAUGACAAGCUUCGACGCUCUGUCCUUGCUGAUGCACUUCCCAAUCUUUUGAUUGAGAAGAUUGGUUUGGAUCUCAUCAUUGAACGUGUCCCAGAUAGCUACCUCCGUUCUAUCUUUGGCAGUUACCUUGCUAGUCGUUUCGUCUACGAGUUUGGAAGUGCACCCAGUCAGUUUGCGUUCUUUGACUUUAUGUCGAAGCGCAUGUCACAAGUGCAUUAG